GCGGAUGGUAAAUGGUUCAAAAGUUCAUACACUCCCUGGUUACGCGCUUGCAAGUUACAAUCUUGCCUGAGUUGCCUACAAAAAAGCCCUGAAACCGCGUGUACCGUUUCUCUCUUUGAUUGGCAGCAAUAUUCACAAUUGCAACGGCAAAUUCUGUUGAGAAAACUGAGGAAGGCAAAAAUUUUCUCAUCAACCAAACGGAAAAAAGUGAGCUAAAGGUAUUUUAAAGGGGUUGGGAAGGUGAAUUUAAGGUUGUGAGGAGAAAAUGAAAUUCGGGGAGUCUUUUGCGGAGUACCUGCACGGAGACCAGGAGCGGUUCUUGGAGAAAUGUUCCCAUGUCGAGUAUAAGCGCCUCAAGAAAGUCCUAAAGAACUGUCGGAGUUGCAAAGCCGUCGGUGAUUCUUGGAAUUCUGAAUGUCAAUGUGAAUCUUGCUCGUUGUGUGAUCAAAAGUUCUUUUCUGAGUUGACAAAGGAAGCUUCAGAAAUAGCUGGUUGCUUUAGUUCAAGAGUUAGGCAUCUCCUUCAUCUUCAUGUUGCUACUGGAAUGCAGAGAUAUUUAUUGCACUUGCGUCAUUUCUUCAAGAAUGAUCAACAAGCCAUGGUACUAGAAGGACAAAUGUUGGUUGAAUAUGUCACAAUGAAUGCAAUUGCAAUCAGAAAAAUCCUUAAGAAAUAUGAUAAGGUUCAUUGCUCUGCAAAUGGGAGGAAUUUUAAGUCGAAGUUGCAGGCUGAACACAUUGAGCUUUUGCAAUCACCUUGGCUUAUAGAAUUGGGUGCUUUCUAUUUGAAUUUUAAUGGAUCAAAUGAUGGAAAGCUUAAUGAGUUUUCUGGUCAGUUUUCUUGUGAUUUUGAUGCAACCCAGCCUGUAAUGACAUUGAUGCUUCCGCAUUCUAUAAAGCUAGAAUAUGAUCUGACUUGUGCCAUUUGCUUGGAUGGUGUCUUUAAUCCAUAUGCUUUGAGUUGCGGUCAUCUUUUUUGCAAGUCAUGUGCUUGCUCAGCUGCUUCUGUGUUGAAUUUCCAAGGCCUUAAAGCUGCAACUCCGGAAUCAAAGUGCCCAAUUUGCAGAGAGGCUGGAGUAUAUACAAAAGCAGUGCGCAUGGUAGAAUUGCAUCUUCUCAUGAAAAGAAGGUGCAGUGACUAUUGGAAGGAGAGGUUAAUUGCAGAACGUGCUGAGACGUUGAAGCAAACUAAGGAGUUUUGGGAUUCACAGACUAUAUAUGCCCUUGGGUAUUUGUAAUGUGGUUUAGUUCUGAUAAAAUUUGAAAAUAUGGUAUUAAACAACUGGAUUGGAUUUGGUGGUGCCUUCGUGUAUCUUUGGUCAGAAUUACUUGAAUGUCUCUUACUAUUACCAAAUGACUAAAUAUUAAAAUAUAUGGUAUGAUGAAAACAGUGCAAUGGCUGCUGGAAAUGUAAUUUUGUUGUUAUUAUUAAGAGUUGCAUGCAAUAAAAUUUUUA